UCUUCUCUUGGGUAGGUACGGGCGGUACCCUCUGCUGCUUUCCAACAUUGACCUUUCCGCUUCCUCCCAAGCUUCGCCUUUCUCAUACCCCCCCCUCAUCCGAUCCACCUCUAACCAGGCCAAAUUCUUUUCUUGACCACAGUCUGAGGCCCCCGCUGACUGACCAGAGUCUUGUCGUGUCGAGGACGCUCGCCCAUUAAUCACUGCCCGCACUAAGCAACGCUACUGCCCAUAGCAGCUAGCAGCAUCGCGCUACCCCUCCGUGGGUCUUGACGAAUACCCGCCGAUGCUCACUCGCGCGCCCAGUGCAAACAGGCAAGGAAUCAGCAGCUGAUAGAGAGCACACUCGACAGCCUCAGGACGGCAGACGGCCAGCAUACCCAGGUGGCCCAGCACAGCGCGCCGCCCAGGCUGGGACUCCAGGUUUGCCCACAGGACGAGGUGCAGCUCGGAGACGGCGAGAACUACUGCGACAGUACAACCUCGAAAGGGCUUGGGGAUCAUCGGGCAGCCACAUCGUGAUCUACGUUUCCCCAGGUGCAGCAACGCAAAGCACAGGUACUGGCUGCAUUGCGUGCGUGCAUCCUACUCAGGUACACGCCUUUUGCCGUCAGGGCGUCUUACCCCGUCGCGCCCUCUUGUCUCCCCCCCCCCUUACACACCUACACACACCUACACAGUACCUUGGGCUCGUGGGUGGUGGUCCAGACCAACCGACCGACCGUCUGGGGGGACCAGGGUUGGAACUCUAUUACGGAGUGAGAGGCGGUAUUUUCAUCGCUGAAGUGACUUCGAUCCAUCCACCCAUUCACCACAGCCAGGCAGUCGGGAGCUGCUGCUGCGCUCUGCUCGGCUUCUGCUCUCUCGCUCACUCUCACUUCCUUGCUCGCCCACCCCUCUCCUUCCCUCUCGCCCAUCCGCCGCCGGGCAGGCCUUCCUUCCGCCUCCUGCCUUGCGACUUUUUUUUCUUUCUCCACCCGGGGGGACCUUUACCUGCUGCAGCGCACCUUUUACCAGGCCACCCCUCAUCUUACCCUCACUCUCACCUCACAAUCAAACAAUUUCAAAUCCUGGACUGGUCGCCUCUCUGUCUGCUGGGUUACUACCUUGUCCCAUCAAUCCGGUCUCGACCCUCGACCCUCGAUCCUCGAGACCUUGUAACCCCCAGUAUAAAAUCGCGUUGCUGCCCACCUGGCCACGCUAACCCAUCCGAUCAUCCCUCCUUCAAAAUACUCAAGUACCAACCAACCUAACCCGGGUAGCCCUUUCGUUUGACGGCCCCCGACACAUUUUUUGGCGAGCUGCAAGUCACCUUAGGCUCGCUCUAGAUCUCUCAUACCUCGUCACUCCCACGAGGCGGAGCCAUACAUCACAUCAAAUAAUAAGCAUUUGCUGGUUGCGGAAAUCCCACCAGCUCACAACACCCCCAGCCAGAUAAUUCUCCGUUCGCCUGAUUUCAUCACCUUGCUGGUGGUGGUGGUGCUGGUUGAUCCUUCCAACCGCAGAUCAACACACAAGACACGACAAGACACGACGCCUGUCAGGACGGACCCGGACUGACGAUCUCAUCUCCUGGCAAUUCAACAAAUCGCCCUGGUCCUCACACCCCUCAACUCCCCAGCAACACGCUAUUUUAGUUGCCAUCUCUGCCAACUCCGGGGAGCAUCACUCCAGAGCACGGGGUCUACAUAGCCGGAACAGUGCAAGGACAGUUGUUCAGUCCCUCGGACAGACGGCAGGCAGGCAGACAUAGAGACACCUGUGAGAAAGAGACAUCCACAUCCCGCUCGAGCAUCAGACCCGGACCCGGACCCGGACCCAGACCUAGGCCCCAGCCUUCCUUACUUGCACUGGCACUAAAAUAGUGUCGUGCUCGCGCUAUCUCUCCUGGAGGCUCCACCACGCCUUCUUCCUCGCACUAGGACGGAGUACCGAGUACGUUCAGGGUGCUUGCACCUUGUGUCCUUUUUUUGGUGCGAGAUUUCGCGCCUGCUAGACUGGUUGAACGGACUCUACAUCAUCCAACCUUAAAAGCUGCCCCGGCCGCUCUUACGUCUGCUAGCGCGCACCCGCUCUCUCGUUGGAGAAUACAUAUUGCACACCCAGCUCCAGGACGGACAAGGCCAAAUCUUCCACAUUGCAUAUCACACAACAACAACAUCUUUCUGUCAGCCGGCCUCAUAUCCUGUUGCAGUACCAAGUCGCCUUGAUCCACGCCCCGCAUCGUCACUUGAUCAUACCCGACCUUCUAGGCUUCACGUCAAGCAGGAGUCGGUCGUCAGUCGAUCAGUCAACACAAAACCCGUCUUAAGCCGACCGCUGCUCCCCUACCGCUUAUGGACAGAACGGCGAACGACUACUCAGAUCCGUCGUCUGCUCAGCAGUACUCGCAGGCUGAGGGUCGACCAAGCGGUUACUCCGCCACGCCUACUCCCACGUCCGAGUACACUGGUUACCCGACCUCGGCGCGGUCAGAAACCUUCUCAAAUCAUCUUCAGCAUCGCGCAUACCACCAGUCAGGUGUUGGAGGCACCAGUAUGGCGCAGCCACCCCCAACAAGUCCGUCCAUGCCUUUGCAAGAUGGACGCAACCAUCAAAACCCCCAGCCAGACCACCAGCAAAUCAAAUCUGACAAUGAUGUACCCAUAGACCCCAGCAUAACAGCUCCGAGCCCCACGCAGUACACGUACCCACAGAGCCCUUACGGACAGCAUCCAGACAUGGGCCAUGGAUACGCGCACUCGAACGUGUACACGCAACCGCGACCAGACUGGACUGGGUACGGACAACCCGGUGCGCCUAUAACGCCAGGUCACCACGUAUUCCCUCAGACCCCGACCAGUGCCUCAAGGCCCAACGCCCAGGUAUACAGCUUUGUGCCCAUACCGGGGGCACAGCAGCACAAGCGACCUCGUCGACGCUACGAGGAGAUUGAACGCAUGUACAAGUGCGGAUGGAAUGGCUGCGAGAAGGCAUAUGGCACUCUGAACCACCUCAACGCUCACGUCACCAUGCAAUCGCAUGGACAGAAGCGUGUUCCCGAAGAAUUCAAAGAAAUUCGCAAGGAAUGGAAGGCGCGAAAGAAGGCCGAGGAGGCCGAGCGCAAGGCGCGGGAGGAGGAACAGGCACGGGCGGCACCGGGACAGAAUGACCCCCAAGGAGCACACGAUGGCCAGCAGUCCGCCGGCGGGUACGCAUCAACUCGCCUGCCGCCGAUAGGGUAUCAGCCGACAAACUACCCAGCCCCGCCCAACGUCUCGAUGCCCAACGAGUACAGCAGCAACUACAUUGCUGCAAGCGGUUACAACCCGCAGUCGCCUUACCAGCAGUCUCACAACCAGGUGUAUGGCCAGCCGAACGGUGGUCAGCCUAACCACUGAUUCUGCUUGCUCCUUUCAUGCACGACCAGCUGAUCCUAAGAAGCGUUAGCCAACGCGAUGCAGCAACGAAUGUCGAGCAUGACCUAAUGCGGCAACUUGGACAGACUGUGGUGGCGGACCACUUUGGCCACCCCACAACACCAUAGGUGGAUGACACAUGCGCGCGCAGGCCACCGAGAUGGCCGUCUGAUCCCGACAGGUGCGAGCUUUUAGGCGAGUGCUAAGACAAGACGGGGUGGACGUGGUGGGAUCUAUACCCAUGCCUGGGAACACUUUUCGGCACGACAUCAUGCGGCAUGGAAAGUCGAUGAAGUUAUGCCCUGGCGCUUAUUCGAUCCGUGGUUUCGUUGCAGUAGAAUUACCACAGAGGCAAAUUAUGGAAUUGAGAGAAAAGGAAAAGCAAAAAAAAAGUCAGGGGGUGGAAUACACGAGAGCAUCACGGCAGUACACGUGCCUGGUGGUCGACCAGCAGUCGGGGGAGAAAGUAUGAAGUUUGAGAAGUUGGUAUUACCGGUCGACAGAGCACGCAGAAUCCGCAGCUGCCGAGCCGAUGGAUGGGUGAGGUUAAGGUUGGGGUUUGCGCACAAGGACCUAUGACGCUGAGGAGGCCCGAGGCAACAGCAAGACAGACCGAUUAUACAGCAAUGUAACAUCACUGAUUUGAUAUUUGCACAGAGGGAGAGCGAUCGAGGUAGGGCACAGGUGAAGUACUGUGAGAAGUGGACUACCUGGAGGAGGCUGACCGUAAGGGGCAGACAAUCACAGCGGAUAGUGUGGGAUUGCGAUGGGCUGCGUGGGCUACGAAUCACGAAGCAUUUCGUACAGAACAGUGAUGGCAGUAUGGACUGGUGGUUUGCAUGCAUAGUGAUCACAGGUGGUGGUUAUUCUAGGCCUACCGUCUGGGAUUUUGGAGUUGUGCGGCUGCUGCUUGGAUGCGCAACGUGCCUGCGUAUACAGAGGAGCAGACUUGGCAAAAGUACAUGGCUACAAGUAGCGCGGCGGUACAGUGGACCGGUACCGCAAGGGGGGGGGCAUGCCGUGUACCACAUACAACAUGCGGGCCCCAUGUGUGUAGGUAGGCCAGUGGGAGGAAAAGGCUGGGGGCCUAGUCAAGGUUGUAGUGUAGACGGACAAGCG